AUGGCAACUAAUAAUUAAUAAAAUUAAGAAAAUAAAGAAAUCCCAGCAGUAUAUAGAACUUUUAUGGGCGCAAAAGUUUUAUGGCCACCAGAAUGUCCAGAUGAUGUUCUUGAAGGUGCAAUUAAAGAAACAUAAAAUACAAUUGGAAGAACAGAAAAUCUCAGUAAAGAAGGAUAAAAGAUUGCUGAACAUUUAAAAAAAUAUAUGGAUGAUAAUUUUGAACCUUAUUGGCAUGUUUUUUUUGGAAAAAACUUUGGUUCUUAUACUGUCCAUAAUAAAAACCGUUUCAUUUAUUUUUAUUUUAAAGACAUGGCUUUUUUAAUGUACUAAUCACAAUGA